AUGUGUCUGUCGAUCUAUUUGUGUCUUAUCUUGUUCAUAUCUAUCUAUCUAUCUAUCUAUCUAUCUAUCUAUCUAUCUAUCUAUCUGUUUUAUUCUGUUCAUAACUAUCUAAGUAUGUCUUAUUCUAUUCAUGUGUCUGUCGAUCUAUUUGUGUCUUAUCUUGUUCAUAUCUAUCUAUCUAUCUAUCUCUAUCUAUCUAUCUAUCUAUCUCUAUUUUAUUCUGUUCAUAACUAUCUAAGUAUUCUAUUCAUGUGUCUGUCGAUCUAUUUGUGUUUCUUGUUCAUAUCUAUUCUUCUAUCUAUCUAUCUGUUUUAUUCUUAUGUCUUAUUCUAUUCAUGUGUCUGUCGAUCUAUUUGUGUCUUAUCUUGUUCAUAUCUAUCUAUCUAUCUAUCUAUCUGUUUUAUUCUGUUCAUCUAUCUUAUUCUAUUCAUGUGUCUGUCGAUCUAUUUGUGUCUUAUCUUGUUUUCUAUCUAUCUAUCUAUCUAUCUGUUUUAUUCUGUUCAUAACUAUCUAAGUAUGUCUUAUUCUAUUCAUGUGUCUGUCGAUCUAUUUGUGUCUUAUCUUGUUCAUAUCUAUCUAUCUAUCUAUCUAUCUAUCUGUUUUAUUCUUAUGUCUUAUUCUAUUCAUGUGUCUGUCGAUCUAUUUGUGUCUUAUCUUGUUCAUCUAUCUAUCUAUCUAUCUAUCUAUCUAUCUAUCUAUCUGUUUUAUUCUUAUGUUUAUUCUAUUCAUGUGUCUUCGAUCUAUUUGUGUCUUAUCUUGUUCAUAUAUCUAUCUAUCUCUAUCUAUCUAUCUAUCUAUCUAUCUAUCUGUUUUUUCUGUUCUGUUCUUAUUCUAUUCUGUGUCUGUCUUAUUUGUGUUCUUAUGUUGUCUGUCGAUCUAUUUGUAUCUAUCUAUCUAUCUAUCUAUCUGUUUUAUCUUAUCGCCAUUUUUUGCCACCUUUUCUUUUUGCCUGUUUUUCUCUUCUCAAUCCUCCAUGUUAUCCAUUUUCAUUUUCUUUGCUUUCUUUUUAAAUUUUCCGAGUUUCCUUUCGCAUACUCACCCCACUCUCUCCCUCCCUCUCCCUCUCUCACCUAUCUAUCUAUCUAUCUAUCUAUCUAUCUAUCUAUCUAUCUAUCUAUCUAUAAUAUUGUUUUUUCCUUUAAUUUUCUUUUCUUUUUUCCUAUAAUUUUAUUAUCUCUCCUCCAAUUUUUUUUUUUUUCUCUUCCGUAUUGUUCUUAUCCUUCUUGUUGCUUUCAUAUUUUUUUACCAUUUCAAAUCUACUAUUGCUUUCCUACUUUUUCUCUUUCUUUUUCUUUCCUUUCAUGGUUUUCUUUUUUCGUUCUUCUUGUUCUUUUCCUAAAUGCCUUCUUCUUUUUACCUUUUAAAAAUCUUCACCCUGUCCUCCACUUCUUACGUCUUUUUUUUUCCUUGUCUUUCUUCCAUUUUAUUUUUAUUCAUUUUAAUUUCUCUUUCUUAUUCUUUUUCUUUCUUUUCAGCUUUAUGUCUCUUUCUUUCGAUUUCUUUAUUCUUCUUUCGCCUCUAUUUUUGUUUUUCUUUCGUUUCGUCAAAUCAUCUCAUAGUCUUUGCUUCAUUCAUUUCUUCUUUCUUUUCGUCUUUCUUUUUGUCUUUCUUUUAGCUUUUUUCUUUCCUUUACACUUUCAUUUUUUUUUUCCUUUGAUAUUUUUCUCGCCUUUGUUAUCUCCUUGGGCUUGCUUUUUAGUUCAAAAUGAACGUUUGUUUUUCAAGCAUUUGUAA